GAUAAUAAUCACUAACCACCCUCCCUCCUUGUGAUCUAUGAAACUUUCCACACCUAUAUGUUUCAGUACUCUCUCAUCAUUUCCCACUGCCUUUAGAGAACUCUCUCUCCUCUCUCUCCUCUCUCUGCGUCUCUGUAUCUGUCUCUCUCUGUCUCUCUAUCUCUCUCUCUAAUGAAGCACCAAGCCAUUGAUGAGCUUCUCUUUGGGAAAAUACGCCCACAAAAGGCACCGAAAAAAUUUGUACUGCUAGUCUGUGCCCUACUUCUUCUUACAAUCAUCCCACUCUAUUACCCUUCAAUAUGCCGCUCUUUAUUUGUGUCAAAAACUAUUGAUUCCAACCCACUAGUCCCCUCUCCAUCAUCAUCUGCUCAGGAGGAGGAUUUGCCUUCUAUAACGAGCAACUUAAAGUGUGACAUAUUUACUGGAGAAUGGGUUCCAAAUCCAGAGGCUCCCUACUACACAAACAAAACAUGUUGGGCAAUCCAUGAGCACCAAAACUGCAUGAAGUAUGGAAGACCAGACACUGAGUUCAUGAAGUGGAAGUGGAAGCCAGAUGAUUGUGAGCUACCCGUUUUCAACCCGGCUCAGUUCCUCGAAUUGCUUAGAGGGAAGUCCAUGGCAUUUGUUGGAGACUCUGUGGGUAGAAACCAAAUGCAGUCCAUGAUAUGCCUCCUUUCAAGGGUGGAAUAUCCAAUAGAUGUUUCAACUACCGAAGACCAGAGGUUCAUCCGCUGGAAGUACACAUCCUACAACUUCACUAUGGCCACGUUUUGGACUCCACAUUUGGUCAAAUCCAAAGAAGCAACAUACACUGACGGUCCGACCAAGACCGGCCUUUUCGAGCUCUACCUCGACGAAUUUGACGAGGCAUGGACAACCCAGAUUAAUGAAUUCGACUACAUCAUACUUGCUGCGGGGCAUUGGUUCUUCCGGCCGAUGGUGUACUACGAAAAUCGAAAGAUUACUGGGUGCAAUUAUUGCCUCCUAGACAAUGUACCUGACCUAGGCAAGCACUAUGGUCAUAGAAAGGCUUUUAGGACAGCUUUUAAGGCCAUCAACAGCUUAGAAAAUUAUAAGGGUAUAACAUAUGUUAGGACUUUUGCGCCGUCACAUUUCGAAAAUGGAAUAUGGAAUGAAGGAGGAAAUUGUUUGCGAACGAAGCCGUAUAAGAGUAACGAGACACGGUUGGAGGGUUUAAAUUUGGAGCUUUAUAUGAUCCAAAUUGAGGAGUUUAGGAAAGCUGAAAAGGAAGGCAGAAAGAAGGGGUUGAAAUACAGGCUGUUGGACACAACGCAGGCAACGUUAUUAAGGCCAGAUGGUCAUCCUAGUAGAUAUGGGCACUGGCCAAAUGAAAAUGUGACUUUGUAUAACGACUGUGUGCACUGGUGCUUGCCGGGACCGAUCGAUACAUGGAGCGAUUUCUUGCUGGAGAUGUUGAAGAUGGAGGGUAUGCGAUCAGCUGAGGAGAAAAAGCACCUGAUUUCAAGAGACAGAAGAUCGAAUUGACGGAUGCAAUUAACCGAAGUUGGUACGUAUUUGAUAAAUGGAUUAUUCAUUUGUUGCAGAGUAUUUUGGUGUUAAAAGUUUGUUCAAGAUGUUAUUGGUGGCUACAGAAUGUGACUCUAUGAUAAGUAUUACUAAACCA